AUUUUUCAUUUCCCUUGACAAUGCUCCCCUCUUUAUUCAAAAUGGGCAACGGAAGUUGAAUUUAUUCUAAAAACUUGCUUGCCAUUAUGUGGCAACACUAUAUUUACAUUUGUCAAUAAAACAAAUGGAAAAAAUCGGUAGCAAGUAGAUUUUAGCACAGCGGAGAUAUAAAUAAAUAUUGAAUAGUUUAAAAAAAAAUCCAAGCCGUUAUAAAAGCUGUAAGCGUUAGCUGUUAGCAGAAUGUGAAAACUUAUAGCCUUAACUACCAAACACACAUCCAUACAUAUAACAUAUGUAAGCGACCCGAUUUAAGGCGCAGGACACGGCAGGAUUAAGCUAAACUCUAUUAAAACAACUCUAGUUGUAGUGAAACAGCUUCAAAAUUAUACGUCCAGCAGCACGUGCGUCUCAAACACGCCAACCAGUGCGUGAUAAUGAAAUAAGUUACACAAACAGCACAGUUCAUACACUCAAAAUGAGGCGCAUGAAUAAUUUAAUAACACUCUUCACCGCAAUGAUAGCAUUUUUCUUCGGCUGCUUUCUGAGUAAUAUGCUCAAUAACGCCGAAAAGUGCUUGACACAUAAAAGCGGCGUUAGCCAUAUGGAACCACAUCCAGAUAUAUUUUUAAUGAUAUUAAUAAUAACAGCGCCACAAAAUGUCAAUCGUCGUAUGGUUAUGCGUCAAACUUGGCUGCGUUUAGGUCAGCCAUUGGAGCUAACUUAUUAUCCUGAAAAUUUGAUUUAUUUACCCAAGUAUAGCGACACCGGUCACUUGCAGAUGGAAACUGUGGCGGAUCAAGCAAAUCGCUUGACGGCAUUCUUACAUUGGCAUGAUAACAAUUUGAACAAUGCUGAACCAGCACGUAGAUUUGUACAAGUGAAACAUUUCUUUGCCAUUGGUACGGUGGAUAUGCCAGCUGGUUUGCGCGCUGAAUUGGAUCGUGAGCAGAAGCUUUAUGGUGAUAUGUUACUCUUGCCACGCUUAAAAGAAAAUUUUGAAAAUUUAACAGAGAAGAUGUUGCAUUCCAUUGAAGCGCUCACAAAUCACUACGAAUUCAGUUAUUUACUCAAAACGGACGAUGAUACAUAUGUCAAGUUGGAUAUUUUACAAAAUGAACUGAUAUCUUACGAUCGCAAAUUGGUGCGUAAAACACCAGAAUAUGUUGGACAACCAUUGCCCGCGCUAUAUUGGGGAUAUUUCUAUGGCAGAGCAAACGUUAAGACAAAGGGAAAAUGGCGUGAUAUAAAUUAUCAUCUAUCUACACAUUAUAUAACAUAUGCCAUGGGUGGAGGCUAUGUUAUUUCGCGAAAAAUUUGUGAACAUAUUGCAACAAAUGCACAAACGCUCUCCGCUUUCACGAAUGAGGAUAUUUCGUUGGGUUUGUGGUUGGCACCUCAACGUUUUGUCUAUCGGCGUCACGAUCCACGUUUCGACACACAAUAUAAGCCACGUAAAUGUCGCCGUUAUCAUAUAGUAUUACAUAAACUUAACGAAGAGGAUAUGCAACAGAUAUAUGAUGGUAGUGUGUGCAUUAAAGGUGGCGAGCAGGAUGUUAAUGAAAACGAUCAAAACACUAUCUUAAGGCCAUAUUAUUAUGAUUGGACAAAAUCGGCUGAUAAAUGCUGUGAUACUUUCGUAAAUUAAAUAAUAAGCUCAUAUUACUACAGUACACAAAAGCGGCGGAUAAUCUUAGCACAACUCAUACAAUGUAUGUAGUAUAUAUGUAUGUACAUUUAAGCGGAUGUAUAAAUGAGCAUUAAAAAUCGCAUAGAUAGUAGGUUUAAAUUCGUGUAUCUAGUGAUUAUUUAAAUAAAUAAUAUAUUUACCAAAUAUAUAAUAAAUAAAUAAUAUAACAAACAACAAUAUUCUGUAAUUUCAGUUACUAUUAGUAAUGUGUUUAGGCGGCCCGAAUAGUGUUAGUUGAAUAUUUUUAAGAUGUGGAUGAAAAAGAUCUAGAAAAAUUAUACCAAU